CCCAGAAAGAUGGCGGCCCCCUUGGAGCUCAGCUGCUGGGGCGGCGGCUGGGGGCUCCCAUCGGUACACACCGAGUCUCUGGUGGUAAUGGCUUAUGCCAAAUUUUCUGGUGCACCCUUGAAAAUCAGUGUCAUAGACAACACCUGGAGGGGUUCACGAGGUGAGAUACCAAUUUUGACAACUGAUGACAACGUUGUUUCUCAACCUGCAAAAAUACUAAACUUUUUAAGAAAACAGAAAUAUAAUGCUGAUUAUGAACUGUCAGCAAAACAAGGGGCAGAUACACUGGCUUACAUAGCUCUCCUUGAAGAGAAACUUCUCCCUGCUGUGCUCCACACAUUCUGGGUAGAGAGUGACAAUUACUUUACUGUGACAAAGCCAUGGUUUGCGUCACGAACUCCUUUUCCCUUGAGUUUGAUCCUGCCUGGAAAAAUGUCUAGGGGAGCACUGAAUAGGAUUCUCCUGACCAGAGGAGAGCCUCCACUCUACCAUGUCCAAGAAGUAGAAGCACAGAUAUACAGAGAUGCCAAGGAGUGCCUAAACCUUCUAUCAAACAGAUUGGGAACAUCUCAGUUCUUUUUUGGAGAUACGCCUUCUACUUUGGAUGCCUAUGUGUUUGGCUUUCUUGCACCUCUUUAUAAAGUACAGUUUCCUAAAGUUCAGUUACAAGAACAUCUGAAACAGCUUUCCAAUCUCUGUCGCUUUUGUGAUGACAUCCUAAAUAGUUACUUUAGGCUUAGUCUUGCAGGUAUCUCUCCAACUGGACAAGAAACAGUAGAUGCAAAUCUACAGAAACUCACACAACUUGUAAAUAAGGAAUCCAACUUGAUUGAAAAGAUGGAUGACAAUCUUCGUCAAAGCCCCCAGCUGCCUCCUCGGAAACUGCCAACACUCAAAUUGACUCCAGCAGAAGAAGAAAAUAAUUCCUUCCAACGGCUAUCACCCUAACAGUCAUCACACUUUGUG